GAGAUUCCGUGCACCGAUUUGACUUUGCAGCCGUCUCGCACAAGAGCUCCUUUUUUUGGGUUUUUUUUUUUUGGUUGUUUUUUUUUUCCUCUCCCCUUCUCUCCUAUCCACGCUCCAGAACCAGCAGCGACCAUUUCGCUCUAUAGCACUUUCCGGGGCCGAGAUAUGGCAAUGGUAGUUAGCGUGUGGCGAGAUCCGCAGGAAGACGUGGCCGGAGGACCCCCGAGCGGCCCCAACCCAGCAGCGCAGCCGUCGAGGGAGCAGCAGCAGGCGGCGUCGGCGGCGCCGCACACCCCGCAGACCCCGAGCCAGCCGGGACCCCCGUCCACGCCGGGCACCGCCGGGGACAAGGGCAGCCAGAACUCGGGGCAGAGCCAGCAGCACAUCGAGUGCGUGGUGUGCGGGGACAAGUCGAGCGGCAAACACUACGGCCAGUUCACCUGCGAGGGCUGCAAAAGUUUCUUCAAGCGGAGUGUACGCAGGAACUUAACGUACUCGUGUCGCGCCAAUAGGAACUGUCCCAUCGACCAGCACCACCGGAACCAGUGCCAGUACUGUCGCCUCAAGAAGUGCUUGAAAGUGGGCAUGCGCCGGGAAGCGGUUCAGCGAGGACGAAUGCCUCCAACCCAGCCCAACCCAGGCCAGUACGCGCUGACCAACGGGGACCCCCUCAACGGCCAUUGCUAUCUGUCCGGAUACAUCUCGUUAUUGCUGCGGGCCGAGCCCUACCCCACGUCCCGGUACGGGAGCCAGUGCAUGCAGCCCAACAAUAUCAUGGGCAUCGAGAACAUCUGCGAGCUGGCGGCUCGCUUGCUCUUCAGCGCCGUGGAGUGGGCCAGAAACAUCCCUUUCUUUCCCGACCUGCAGAUCACCGACCAGGUGUCCCUUCUCAGGCUGACGUGGAGCGAGUUGUUUGUGCUUAAUGCCGCCCAGUGCUCCAUGCCCCUUCACGUGGCCCCUCUGCUGGCCGCGGCGGGCCUGCACGCCUCGCCCAUGUCCGCGGACCGCGUGGUGGCUUUCAUGGACCACAUCCGGAUCUUCCAGGAGCAAGUGGAGAAGCUCAAGACCCUGCACGUAGACUCCGCAGAGUACAGCUGCCUCAAGGCCAUCGUGCUGUUCACGUCAGACGCCUGCGGCCUGUCGGACGCCGCCCACAUCGAGAGCCUGCAAGAGAAGUCCCAGUGCGCCCUGGAGGAGUACGUGCGGAGCCAGUACCCCAACCAGCCCAGCCGCUUUGGCAAGCUCCUGCUGCGGCUGCCCUCCCUCCGCACCGUGUCCUCGUCGGUAAUCGAGCAGCUCUUCUUCGUCCGCUUGGACAUUUUUACUGAGAGGACAUCUGGGGAACCCCCUUCCCCUACACCCACCUUACACCCCUGCAUCCCCCUCAACCACGCCCCCCCCACCCCCUUCCCGGCGGCCAUGAGUGCGAUCAUCAGUCAAAGAGGAGAGACAUGAAAAAUCAAAAAGCACUUUUAAUAUAUCAUUUCGAAUACAUUUUUUUUGUUUGUUUGUUUGUUUCGUCUUUUGAAAAAAAAAAUCAUUGUUUCUUGAAUCUUAUUGGUUGUUGCCUUCAAUUUGCUGACUCCAUGAUGCAGCUUUUUUGCAGAAAGGCUCGGUUGAUGAAGUUGUGUGAUGGUGACUGUGUUAUUAAAAGACAAAUAGGCAACGAUGUCUGUCCCCAAGCAUUUUCCUCCUUAACAGCCACGCUGCUUUUAAACAUUUUCACUCUGGAAUGCAGCCUGAAAGUGAAAUUGACAGUGAAUGCAGAUGAUGCACGACAUCAGUUGCUAUUAGAUGGGUCUAUACAUUGUACAGCAAAAUGAUAACUAACAAAUAACAGCAGAGUCACCUUAGUCUA